GUUGUUCUUGGUUUAUUCGUUGAAACAGACAGACUAGAUUUCUUUUUAUUUUAUGUUUUUUAUUUUUUAUUUUUUUUGUCCGGCUUGACUGAGAAAUUCGGGAAAAUAGUGACCAUGAAAGGUCUGAUCGACAGCAAAGCAGAUUCCGCUACACAGGGAAUUUCAGUUCACCUGUCAUGUACAGACCUGCUCCAGUCACAGGUGUAUCUGCACCUGCUGUGCGAGUUACCAGCGCCGCGCUCUAUUGGUCAGACGUGCGCGUUAUUUCAUUUGCUUAUUUUAUUGUAUUUUUGUUUUUUUGUUUUUUUGCGCGUUAAUUUCUUGGCUUCACAGCGAAAUCACUUUCGCGUCUGAACUGGAAACGUAAAUCUCGAGUUUUAAACAUAACAGCAUUAUUUAGGCUUUCUGCGAAGGCUCCUUAUGUAUGUAAAUUUGUACAGCUGGAACCAACACCUGUGUAUUUUUGGCAAGUAAACGGGCAGUGCUCGUGCUACAGAAUGAUCCAGCUUACAGCCAGCGGCGACCUUUCACAAGUGAGGAUGAGGCCUGGAAGUCGUUCCUGGAGAAUCCCCUCACAGCGGCCACCAAGGCCAUGAUGAGCAUCAAUGGAGAUGAGGACAGUGCCGCAGCUCUGGGUUUGCUAUAUGACUACUAUAAGGUGCCACGGGAAAAGAGAACAAUAUCCCAGCCAAAGACUGACGUCCUGGGCUCUGAUGUGGAUCCCAACAAAAGGAACUUAAUGGCCCCUCUCCAAGAGAUGUCAAUGCCAGCGCCGGAGAACCGAAUCCAAGUUUUGAAAGGAGUACCCCUAAAUAUAGUUCUUCCAGGGAACCAGCUCAUCCAGGACAAGCAAGCCCUUUUCCCCACACCAGAUACCACAGUGACAGUGUCCAUUGCAACUGUGCCAAACUACCCAGUGAAAACCGAGGGCCCAUCACAUGGAUUCUCCAUCACAGUCCCCAACCCUCACUGCUCAGAGCAAGACAGCCAUACUGUAGUGUUUGGCCACCAGCUCACCCACAACCAAUUUAGCCCCAACACACAACCACGUACCCCAGACUCAACCUUCCCUGAAAACUUUAAGGAUGGGACCUCAGAAGUGUUCUCGUUCCCAGGGGAUCUCCAGUUACGCAUGGCGUCCAUCACGCAAGAGGACUACACCACUUUUGACACAGUGUCUGGCAACAAUUUUGAGUACACAUUAGAAGCCUCCAAAUCUCUCAGACAGAAGUCAAGUGAUGGCACAAUGACGUACCUCAACAAGGGCCAGUUUUAUCCAAUUAUCCUUAGGGAAAACAACAACGGCAAACUCCUGCAUGGCCCCAUCUGUAAAGUCAGGAGUGUUGUGAUGGUAGUGUUUGGAGAGGAGAAAAGCAGAGACGACCAACUCAAGCACUGGAAAUACUGGCACUCAAGACAGCACACAGCCAAGCAGAGAUGCAUUGAUAUUGCGGACUACAAAGAAAGUUUUAACACCAUCAGUAAUAUUGAGGAGAUUUCAUAUAAUGCCAUUUCUUUCACAUGGGACAUCAACGAGGAAGCAAAGAUUUUCAUCUCAGUGAAUUGUCUGAGUACAGACUUUUCCUCUCAGAAGGGAGUGAAGGGCCUGCCGCUCAACAUUCAGAUCGACACCUACAGCUACAACAACCGCAGUAAUAAACCCAUCCACCGCGCUUACUGCCAGAUCAAGGUCUUCUGCGACAAGGGUGCAGAACGCAAGAUCCGCGAUGAGGAGAGGAAACAAUCUCGUAGGAAGGGCAAGUGUCCCGACAUCAACCCUUCUUUGGGAAACUUUGGGGUGGAUGUUAAGGUGCCCCUCCUGCACAAACGCAGUGACAUCACAAUUUUUAAGACAAUGACUGACUUCGAGACACAGCCUGUCCUCUUCAUUCCCGAUAUCCACUUCUCUACACUCCAACGUCAUCCUUUCUCUCCUGAGGACUCCGAGGAGGGCUCUGGGAUAAAGAGAUUACCUUAUUCCGAGGAGGAGUUUGGAUCACCUCCCAAUAAGCUUGCAAGGACGGAUGAGCCAAAAAGAGUUUUGCUGUAUGUACGUAAGGAGACAGAGGAAGUGUUUGAUGCCCUCAUGUUGAAGACUCCGUCUCUAAAAGGCCUUGUGGAAGCGAUUUCAGAUAAAUAUGAAGUUCCUCUUGAGAAGCUGGGAAAGGUCUACAAGAAAUGCAAGAAAGGGAUCAUGGUGAACAUGGAUGACAACAUCAUCAAGCACUAUUCCAAUGAAGACACCUUCCAGAUCCAGAUGGAGGAAAUGGGAGGAAUGAUUAAGCUCACGCUGACAGAGAUUUGAAAGUUGGCUUUGUUUUUGGCCAUCUUAUAGACUGGUUUACACAAGUCCAGAGACCCUUACUCCUACUCUCUUAGGAUACCAUAGAUCUUUUCUGCUUCAGCAACUUGCUGUCAUCUCUUAGUUUAGUCUAUAGUGAACACUUUUGGUGCCUUGUAUAUGAGACUAAAGUACUUCAUGAUUUCAGAGUGAAAUAAUGUAACAUAUAUCUCUUAAGUGUUUCUGCCAAAUACCUUGAAGAGUUUGAGCCAUAUGUUGUUUUUCUUAUAGAGUAUAUGCAAAUAGCUGAUUUUUUUAAAAAAGUUUCUCAAGUGAAAGUAGUCACUACAACAAUUUACUUUUAGAUUUCCUCCUUAAAGUCAAUGCACUGGAGAUCCUAUUCUCUUAAAAGGACAACUGAUUGGACACUCCAGCAGAGCGUUACUGCUGUGGUAACAUUUGGGGGUUUGGGGAAAAAUACCCUGAGCAGUAUUUAGUAAGUACAGUAUAUAUGUGUGUGUGUGUGUGUGUGCGUGCACAUUGGGAUGUAUAAAUGAAAAAAAAAUAAUAAUUUUAACUGGCUCAUUUCACCAAUUUUUAAACUCAACUCAUGCAUGUAGAUACUAUUGUCAGCAUAUAUGAGAAAUGUCUUUCCCUGGCUGGAGAUAUUUUCAAAAUGAUGUAGUCCUCAGAGUAUCAGUACUUUUUUAUUGUAACAAAAUAAUAGCAUACUUCAAAUAGAUACUGUUUCACAACUACUGUUGAAUGCAGUACACUUACAAAUAUAAAUAUCCAUUACUCUGUAUUUCUUGUGAAAGAAAUAUGAUGCCAAAAAACCCUCAAUAUUCAAAAUAUGAAUUUGCAGCCUACAAUGAUUAUGCAAUUCAUAUUUAUAAAAUCCCCCUCACAUGUAUUCACCAAAAUGAGGGAAUUCUGUCCAAAAUUAUGAGACAGGGCAUGCAAAAAUGUUUGAAGUGGCCCUAAAAUCAAUAGUGUUAUAUUUUGUUUAGUUGGUUACCCAGUAACCAUAAUAUGAUGCCUAAUAAAUCAAUGCUACUUUGA